GGUACUGAGAAUAGGCUAGUGCUUCGACGGCAGACCGUCCUCCGGGAGAAGGGCAGAAGGCUGGCCAAUCGAGGGCCAGCAUACAUGUUUAAUGACCGGUCAACAAGUCUGUCACUUGAGGAGGAGCGCUUUCUGGAUGCGGCAGAAUACGGUAAUAUUCCUGUGAUUCGUAGAAUGCUGGAAGAGUGCACUUCACUCAAUGUGAACUGUGUGGACUUCAUGGGGCAGAAUGCUUUGCAGCUAGCAGUUGCCAGUGAGCACCUGGAGAUCACAGAACUUCUGCUGAAGAAGGAGAACCUGUCACGGGUUGGGGAUGCCUUACUCUUGGCUAUUAGUAAGGGGUAUGUUCGGAUAGUUGAAGCCAUCUUAAACCACCCUGCAUUCGCUGAAGGCAAGAGGUUGGCACUAAGUCCCAGCCAGUCAGAACUCCAGCAUGAUGAUUUCUAUGCAUAUGAUGAAGAUGGAACUCGGUUCUCCCAUGAUGUUACUCCAAUCAUUCUAGCUGCCCAUUGCCAGGAAUAUGAAAUUGUUCACACUCUCUUGAGGAAAGGGGCUCGCAUUGAAAGGCCACAUGACUAUUUCUGCAAAUGCACUGAGUGCAAUGAGAAGCAAAAACAUGACUCUUUCAGCCAUUCUAGGUCCAGAAUCAAUGCUUACAAAGGUCUGGCAAGCCCUGCUUACCUGUCGUUGUCCAGUGAAGACCCAGUAAUGACGGCUUUAGAACUCAGCAACGAGCUUGCUGUGCUUGCAAACAUUGAAAAAGAGUUCAAGAAUGACUACAAGAAAUUGUCUGUUCAGUGCAAGGAUUUUGUAGUUGGACUUCUUGAUUUAUGCAGAAAUACUGAAGAAGUGGAAGCUAUUUUGAAUGGAGAUGUGGAGAUGACCCAUAAUAAUGGUGAACAUGGUCGCCCCAGUCUCAGCCGUUUAAAACUUGCCAUUAAAUAUGAAGUCAAGAAAUUUGUAGCGCAUCCAAACUGCCAGCAACAGCUUCUCUCAAUCUGGUAUGAAAAUCUAUCAGGUUUACGGCAGCAGACCAUGGCAGUGAAGUUUCUAGUUGUCCUUGCUGUUGCAGUGGGUCUGCCAUUCCUGUCAGUGGCUUACUGGAUUGCUCCAUGCAGCAAGCUGGGAAGGAUAAUGCGUGGACCAUUUAUGAAGUUUGUAGCACAUGCAGCCUCUUUCACCAUUUUUCUUGGUCUACUAGUCAUGAAUGCAGCUGACAGAUUUACUGGCACUAACCUCCCACCUAAUGAAACUACAGAUAAUGUAAAACAGCUUUUCAGAAUGAAAACUUCCUGUUUCUCAUGGAUGGAAAUGCUCAUUAUCUCUUGGGUAAUAGGCAUGAUAUGGUCUGAAUGUAAAGAAAUCUGGUCUCAAGGACCCAAGGAAUACCUGUUUGAGUUAUGGAAUAUGCUUGACUUUGGUAUGUUAGCCAUUUUUACAGCUUCAUUCAUUGCAAGGUUUAUGGCAUUUUGGCAUGCUUCCAGAGCCCAGAGCCGUUUUGAUGUGAAUGUGAAGGAUUUGGCAACUGCAACAUUGGAUCCCAGCAUAAAAUACUACACUUUGGCCAGAAUAAAUUGGGAUCCAUCUGAUCCUCAAAUCAUAUCUGAAGGCCUGUACGCAAUUGCUGUAGUUUUAAGUUUCUCCAGAAUAGCCUACAUUCUACCAGCCAAUGAAAGCUUUGGACCACUGCAGAUAUCACUUGGCAGAACCGUGAAAGACAUCUUCAAGUUCAUGGUGAUAUUUAUCAUGGUGUUUGUGGCCUUCAUGAUAGGAAUGUUUAAUCUCUAUUCCUACUAUCGAGGGGCAAAACAAAAUGAAGCAUUCACAACAAUUGAAGAAAGUUUUAAGACAUUGUUCUGGGCUAUAUUUGGACUUUCAGAAGUGAAAUCAGUUAUCAUCAAUUAUAACCACAAAUUUAUAGAGAAUAUUGGUUAUGUCCUUUAUGGAGUCUAUAAUGUUACCAUGGUCAUUGUUCUGUUGAACAUGCUCAUUGCUAUGAUCAACAGCUCUUUUCAGGAAAUUGAGGAUGAUGCUGAUGUGGAAUGGAAGUUUGCUAGGGCUAAGCUUUGGUUUUCUUACUUUGAGGAGGGGAGAACUCUUCCAGUACCGUUCAACCUUGUGCCAAGUCCAAAAUCUUUCCUUUAUCUCUUACUCAGAAUUAAAAAAUGGAUAUCAAAACUGUUCCUAUGCCAUCAGAAAGGUUUUCAGGAAGAUGCAGAAAUGAAUACGCUUGGCCAGAGUAAGCAAUCUAGUAUAAGAAGCUCAGAUGGUCUCCAUUUAAAUAGCUUGAACAAUCCUCCAAGACAAUACCAGAAAAUAAUGAAGCGUCUCAUUAAAAGAUACGUCCUUAAAGCUCAGAUAGAUAAGGAGAGCGAUGAAGUCAAUGAAGGUGAGCUAAAAGAAAUCAAACAGGAUAUCUCAAGUCUUCGUUAUGAACUCCUCGAAGAAAAAUCUCAAAACACAGAAGACCUGGCGGAGCUCAUUAGAAAACUUGGGGAGAAACUAUCUAUUGAGUCCAAAGAGGAAGAAAGCAAAAGAUAACCUAAACAUAUUAAAUGAAAAAUUAUCAACAAUCCACUUAAAGCCAUAUUUAUUCUCUUUCGGGUUUUUUUUUCCAAAUUUAAGUCCCACUUUUACAAGAAACCAAGAAAUGAACUCAUUUCAAUUCAGUAAUGAAAUCCAUUACAUGUACGAGAGAGAGAGUGGGUCACUUGAUCAAAGGCAUUUAUUUAUUCUUCACUCUGUGGAGAAAACAAAAGUUAAUUUUACAUUGAUGUUAAUGUGCAAUUUACCUCUCUUUAAAAAUAUCAAUUAAGUAUUGAGAAGCUCAUCCAUUGAAGAGUAAAGCUAUUUUUGUCUGGAAAUGUGAAAUUCUCAUAUCUUAACCACUUAUUUGUAUAGAUUCCCUUUCAUAAAUAUGUAUACAUAUAAUUUAUUGACUAGCAAAUGCACAAAACCAGGCUUUAAGAAAUCAGUAUCAAGAUCUAUUUAUUUUAAAAAAAGAAAGGUGUUUCCAAGCAGGAAAAAAUAUCUUUCUGCACAAUUUACAGCUAAAAUUGAAAGUCCAGAAGUUAUUUAUUUUAAUGUGUUUCUUUGGAGAGGUUUCUGUGAAGCUACGUAAGCCUCCCUCUUAUCACUUAUCUUAUUAUCUUUUCGACAAACCAGAAGUGAGCACUAACAGAUUUGAAGACCUGCAAUCGAGAUGUUUGAAUCUGAAUCCUAAGCUAGCUCUUUCAUUUAACAUGACCCAAAUCAAAACUUCAGACACAAACCCUUCGGAGGUCUAGAAACAUCUGGAAAUGAAUUUCUUCAAAGUUUAAAUUUGUUUAAAUAAUGGGAUUUGGGAGUAGGGUACCUGUAACAAAAAUGUAAAAUAAUUUGGCAGUAAUUGCUUUCACAUUAAGCUUUGCAGAAAAUAUUCAUUGUGGAAUAUAUCAAUCUAAAUGUUUCUAUUUCUUCGCCUGUGGCUGGAGGUUUCAAUGAGUUCUUGCCUAAGAAAUUAGCUAGAGUUUAAUUUUCAGUUUUUAUCUGAAUGGACUGAAAGAUCAUUUUGUAAGUUUUUUAGUCAAGUCAUGAAAUAUGUUUGAAAGCAAAAGUGCUUUUGAAUUAUUCCAAUAAUGGGAUAAAUUUGUGGUGAUAAACCCUCUUGCCCUUUUUGAGUUAUUAAGGUCAGCAUUCCUAGACAAUGUCCAUCUUGAUCCAUAAAAGUUCUGGUAUUCUGGGGAACUUCUUAGUUGUAUCAACUCAGCUAGUAAUGGCGCGAGUGGGACAAUCCAUAUACUAUGGGGCUCAGGCUUAAUGAACUCAGGGUUUAGAAGCUUUAAGGGCCUCUCUCAGGGAGGAAAAGGAAAACAAGGUUUUUCCCAAGAGGUUCAGAACAGCAUCUAUUACAGUGGUUUUCAAACUUCCUAAAGACAUGGAACCCUUUCAUAUCACUUCUGCUGCUGGUCCCAUGGUGCAUAUGAGUUGACACAGAGCCAGGUGACCCAGCCCAGCAUAGGUGAUGCACCACCUCCUGACCCACAUUGCCAGCACUCCUAAUCUCACUGCAAAAUCCCGGUGACCUAUCACAGAAGUGCAGGGUUUCAUGAAACACAAUGUAAAGACCACUGUAUUAAAAUAAUGUAUGAAACCAGAGUUACUAAGGCUGAAAAGGCUAUAGGAUACACAGUGACCAUAUUUAAUAUCUUGCCUUUGAUCAAUGAAAAGCAUUACCUCAGAACCUGCAGUAUUUCCUAUAGUAAGGAUGGGGGAAUAUUGUACAUAUUAAGAUAUUUUGCUUGAUCACCAGCAAAAAUAACUUUUGUGUCAGCCACUCUGGAGGAACAUAAAAUAGCCAAAGUGUGACUCGCAUUAGAUGCUGAUGGGAGUUGGGCACUUACCUCUCUUAUACCCAAUUUAUAAAAGUCUAUGUCUAUCUAAAUUAGACUUCUUUUGGGUCACCAUCCUUCCAGUAGGAGCACAGAGUGUUCAACUCCUUUUAAAUUGAGGUCUAAAUUGUCCCCAGUUUUAACCUUUUGAAAUAAUUUUUCAAAAUGUAGCUGUCAGAACCAUAAGAUGAUAAUCACUACACUAAUAUUAGAAAGUACUUGAAUUUGUUAUUCUAAUUUAAAAUAUAUAACCCAUUGCUGGAUCCUUAUAAAAUCUUAAAUCUUCAUAAAUUGAAUGUGAAGAAAAAGGUUUAGUAAAAUAAAAGCAUGCAUUUUUAGGUGAAUAUUUUUACUGCAGAGGUUAAAUGGACACUGUGAAUCUAAUAAGCCCAAAAUUGACUUACCUUAAAACUGUAGGGCCAUAAUGUAUAUAUUUUAUUUUUUGAAGAUAUGCACCAUGGAUUUUUUUAUUCAAUGAAGAUAUUUUAUAUGUGGCUAUUACUUAUGGAAGAAUUUGUUAAAUGCCAAAUGUAGUGGGACAGACCAUGCAGCAAUUAAAUGAGUACCACAGCAAAUAUAUUAUGAGAGAAAUUGAAAUGUACUAUACCUGUGUGACAUGUAUGAAUACAGUGAUUUUCAAUCCUCAUAUCCUUUGGCUGCUACUCCUUUAAAGAGAAUGUUUAUACAAAUAUGAUUGGAGCUUUAACUGACAAGCCAACAAUU